CUAGAACAAUAAUGUCGUUAUCAUAUCACCUGUAGUAAAUACAACUCAAACUCAUUGAAAUUCACCGAAGAAUCAACACAACAGUCAAACGUUGAUAUAAAGAGAGCGCGGCAGCUCGACUUUUAGUCCUUUUUUGACGCGUUGGGAAGGAUCACUAAAAUCAGUGGCGGUCGGUUUCGUCGUUGAAGAAAAAUCAAGUGGUUUACGGGCUUUACGGUUGUGUGAUUUUGUUUUAAUUCAAAAUGCUAUCAGGAUGGAGAUUAACCUUAUCCAAAUUUUUUCUCAUACCUCAACGAUAUAUACUGGGUAUAAUGGGAUUUUUGGCUGUCGUGAACGCCUACUCAUUGAGGGUAUCCCUCAAUAUAGCCAUUACAGAAAUGGUAACCCCAAGUACUUCAUCCUACUUCGAUCCUGAUUCUUGUCCUGGGCACAGUGGGAAUAGUACACAUACAUCGGUGACUGAUACCAACCUCCUCUACGACUGGAAUGAAUCCACAAAAGGCCUCAUUUUGAGCUCCUUCUUCUGGGGUUACGUCAUAACACAUAUUCCUGGAGGAGUCCUAGCUGAAAAAUUUGGAGGAAAAUAUUCAUUAGGUCUUGGAAUAUUAUCUACUGCCAUUUUUACACUGUUGACACCGACUAUCAUAAUUGCUACUGAUGGAAAUUGGAAGGUCUUAGUAGCCUUAAGGGUUGUAAUGGGAUUAGGAGAGGGUACCACCUAUCCUGCUCUAAACGCCCUUCUUGCGAAAUGGGUUCCACUCCAAGAACGAGCUAAAAUUGGAACUUUGGUAUAUGCAGGAAGUCAAAUAGGUACUAUCGUAAGCAACAGUAUAAGUGGCGUUUUAAUCAACUCGACUAAAAGUUGGGCCUCUGUUUUCUACUUGUUUGGUGGCGCUGGCGUCCUUUGGUUCAUACUAUGGCAACUUUUGUGCUAUUCCGAACCAGAAUCUCACCCUUUCAUCAGCGAUGAAGAAAAAGCCUACCUCAAAAAAGAAUUAGAAAACGUUUCGGAAGAAAGCCUGGACAUUCCGUGGAAAGAUAUUUUAAAAUCUCCUCCAUUAUGGGCUUUGGUGGCAGCUCAAAUUGGUCACGAUUGGGGUUUUUUCACCAUGGUCACAGAUCUGCCAACAUACAUGAGCGACGUUCUUAAAUUUAACAUUAAGGAAAACGGUGUGUGGACUUCUUUACCGUAUGCAGUCAUGUGGCUUGUGUCUAUGGGCUCAGGAUGGCUGUGUGAUUGGUUGGUGUCUUCUGGAUAUUUGGGCGUUACCUUUGCCAGGAAGUUUUUCACUACAAUUGCUUCCGUUGGUCCAGCUAUCUUCAUUAUGAUCGCUUCGUACUCCGGAUGUGAUAGAUAUCUAACCGUAGCGAUGUUUACCGUUGCCAUGGGAUUGAUGGGUCCUUUUUACUGUGGAAUGAAAGUAAACGCAUUGGACUUAGCUCCUAACUAUGCUGGUACUCUCAUGGCUAUAGUCAAUGGAAUAGGAGCAAUAACAGGAAUCAUAGCGCCUUACUUAGCUGGUGCACUCACCGAAGAUCACACUCUGUCACAAUGGAGAAUAGUAUUCUGGAUCACGUUCGCCGUUUUCAUCGUAACGAACAUAAUUUACUGCUUAUUUGGUAGCGGAGAGGAACAGAAAUGGAACGAUCCAGCUAAGUUGAAGGAACGAGAUGUUGAAUCAUCGAAAUAUGGCAGCGUCGCCAGCAGUAAUGGAAAUUCUGUCAAAACUAAAAAAAAUGUCUCUUCCAGUAAUAAUAUUAGCACUGUCGUAAAAGAUGAACCAGCCAAUGAAAACUCUAAUUUGUGAUAAAACAUAUUUCGGUAGAGCUGUGAUAAUAGAAAUGUUGUAAAGUAGGUAAAUUCGAAAAAAUCGUAUAAUUUGUUUUAAACAUUCAUAUAAAAAUGUGACUGUUUUGGAAGCAAAGCGACACACCGAUAUUUUUUUAAGAAUUUUAACUUCAUGGAAAAUGUUCCUUUUAGAAAUUAACGAGUAAAAUAUUGUUUUUUUUACGUUUCAGUUAGGUAUUUACUACUUUUUCACUUUGGCAGACAAAACCAUGGAACUAUUUUUUUGGAGCAUAAUUGUUAUAAAUCGUGGUCCUUACUUUAGAUUUUUAUGUACCCGUACUUAAAUAGUAUUCACUAAUAUAAACAAUAAUUCACGAGAAAAUCUUUAAAUGUUAAUCGACCUGUAAAUCCUUGACGAGAGAAAUGUCAACGUCAACUCAGGGAAAAAAUAGAGUUGGACAACAAAUUAAAUAUUCGUUAAUAAUAAUUUCUAAAAAAACGUUUAUGAAAUCGUUAGGAAAACAUAAAUAGCUAUUAAAUGUCAAUUAAAUAAAUAUCAGACAUUCAUUAUAGUUUACGAGUAAAUCUGUCAAAAUUAUUAAUCACUACCGGUUUCACAGUAUUCAAAAAUAAAUAUGAAUUCAUGCUUUUGAUAUUAGCUAGCAAACCAAUAAAUGAGUACAAAGGAGAAAGUCCAUUAGGCAAUCGCGGUUCCAUUACAUCGCGAGCUGUGCUAGUCUCGCGGUCUCCCGAUAUUCUUUGGAAAAGAGAUAGGCGACCCAGAUAUCACAAAGUCCUCUUUCCUAAAGAUAUCUUGCAUACAAUACAUAUCAGACGUCUGUAAGACUUUUGGUAUUUUCUGAAAGACGUUUGAUGUUACAAAAGGGGACGUCUUUUUUUGAAGCCGUAAAUAAGCCAUACAUUAUACGUCUUUAAGAUGUCUUAUGUUAAUGGCUUACAAUGGUUUGGUUAACCUUAAACAAGCUAUAAAUAAGACUUUAAUUAUUUUUAUUCUGCUAAUUCUAUAACCUGUCUAUAAUAUUAAAUAAUUUAAAAAUAGGUAUCAUCAUGCAAAUAACCUUGCAGGUUAUAAAGAUUGCAAAAUAUAGAAGCAAAAAUAUUUAUUGAUGAAAUACCUUAUAAUUACAGGUCACUAAAAGUUGUUAUUUUCUUUGUAUCGCAUUCGAUCACACCUCUUUGAAUUUAUUUUUCUCUUUCUUUUUGAUUUGCACUUAUCUUUGUAAGGUAAGUUGGGGUAAUUGCGUGGUAAAAUUUGAACAGUUCAUCUUUAGAUCUCCACUGUGUUAGUAUUUCACUUAGAAAAAAUCUGAAACUUACUGAGUAUAUUCUUUGCAAUGUAAUUUAUUAUUUUUGUUAAAUAAAAUAAUUGUCUUUAUUUCUCUUACCAGUUUUUAUAUUAUUUUUUUAAAAUGAUGUCAAUAUAUUAUAUUUGCCCCAUGAUUUAGGAUAAAUGUGAUAACGUCGUCCAAGCGCUUAUUGCGAUUGGUUAGGUAGCCUGUAGGGGGCAUUUGUAAAAAUUUAUUGAAUUAUGUGCAUUUUCUGGUUUCUUUUGGUUCAGGAAGAACUUCUAUUAUGUUUGUACUCUCGACCAUUGAAAUAUCUUCAACGUCAGGCCAAAAGAACUUAUUUUUUUGGAUGUUAAAAAUUUGAUAAGCCAUUCAUCAGAGUCUAGUUUCUCGAUUAUUUUGCCAACAAAAUGCUUAACAAUUUUCUUUGUUGCAAAUUGGACAAACACCCACUUAUUAAUUUCUAAAAUUUGGGGUUCCUCAUAAGUUUCAAUAUUCUCACUUUCUAAUAAUAACUCCUCUGAAUUAUCUGACUCUUGAAAUGAUAAAUGUCCAGAUUGAUGGAUGCUGGAUGCUUUUCUUACCCUAGUUUUUGAAUUCGCCGUAUCGGUAACAUCAUUAACAACAUCUUGCUUUGGCGCUGUUAUAACCUCUAAAUUUUUUUUGUAAAUUUUGUUUGAGCUUGAUUUUGAGUCACGCAUUUUAAUAAAAGUGACUCAAAUGAAGCUUUGCUAGUGAGAGCUUUUGCUGUACUAUUGGUCGUCUCGGCUAGGAUAGUGUUCGCCUUAUCUAAACUGGUGCUCGUUUUUGCUGUGGAGGUAUUUACGGUUUCCAAAUUGUUUAAAGUGUUUGAGGUUUGAGCUUCCCAUCUUUUCAAGAUCUCACUGUCAAAUUUUUCUCCAGGGACUACUUCGUUGUUAAAAGGAACAAU